AUGAUGAACACUGUUUCAGUUCAUGCUCUACGAGCCGGCUCUUUGACACUCCCCGAAAAGCAAUUUCUGGCGCCACUCGACGAUAUCAAUAGCAGAAGAACUGUUCCUUCAUUGUCUUUCUUGAUAGAGCAUCGCUCACAGUCAACGCGCAAAGUCACUCGUCUAUUGUUUGAUCUGGGCAUACGUCGAGAGCCGGAGCUUUACCAGGAGAAUAUUCGUCGCCAUACUUUGACAAGAAGGCCCCUGGAUGGCCAUCCCGAUGUGAUUGACUCUCUUUCCCUGGGAAAUUUGACUAGUUCCGAUAUCGACUUUAUCAUCCUCUCUCAUAUACAUUGGGAUCAUGUCGGGAUGCCGUCUGACUUUCCAGAUUCCUAUUUUCUGGUGGGUGAUGGGUCCAUUUCUCUUCUGGAAGGUGACAAAAAUGGAGAAAAUGGCGGUCACAAUCAUUUCGAGAAGAAUCUACUUCCAAGAGAUCGUACUUUCCAGUUAUGUGGGCCCGAUGUUCCUCUACAAGCGGAUUUCCAACCAUUUGAACUCGACGGCCUUUCCUGUCAGCCCUGGAAGAGACUUGGUCAGCUACCACACACCAUUGAUUUGUUCUCUGACGGUUCGGUGAUGAUUGUGGACGCUCCAGGUCAUCUUCCUGGACACAUAAAUCUACUUUGCCGGGUAAGAAUGGACCCCGUUAAAUAUGUGUAUCUUGCAGGAGACGCUUGUCACGAUCAACGUAUUCUCACAGGAGAAUGCCAAGUUGCCGAGUGGCAAGAUUCAAAAUUCCCAGGCAAGAUUUGCUGUAUCCAUGCCGAUCGUUAUAAGGCAACGGAAACGAUAAAAAGUAUUAGAAAUUUGCAGAUGGGAGGCGGUUCUCUCGGCGAGGUGGAGGUUAUUCUUGCCCACGAUGAAGACUGGGCAGAAGAUGCGCAAUUAAGGGGAAGAUUCUUCCCUGGGUCGAUCUGA